UGGUACACAGAACCGACAAAACAAAACAAAGUGCAUAUAGAUCUACAACAUCUAAAAGAAUUAAGGGAUGCUUAUAUGACUGUAAUAAGUUGGUUGUAUUUCUGACGGUGCAGUGUUACAGGAUGAGAUGUUGAGUGAUGUUGCUAUAAUAAAACAGCUGUGACGUGGUAUCUCUUCCCUUCAUUUGAUCACGAAGAUUAAUAAUAGAAAAUAAAAAAGUGAUAUUCAUUGCAGGGAUCUAGUUCAGUUCAUUGUUGUUUACAACGUAAGUACAAUGAUGUAAUGUGAACCAAUCUUCUUUUUUUAAAUGCUAAUUUACAUAUUUUGAAAUCAUAAUCGAUAAUAAUUCACUAAUAAUAAUUGAUGAAAAGUUUAUAACAACACAUUUAAAAAUAAAAUAGAGUGUCAUAAGUGUCUAUACCCCGCAGGGAAUCAGUCUAUUUAAACAUGUAGGUACAGUACAGUACAGUAAAUAAAGAAGAAAACACUUCAAAGGGAUACUUUGACAUGCCGACCAGGUCGCGAGCCAUUAACAAUCCAAAAGUUUCGUCUGUGACCUCCUCCUCCCUCCUCUUCCUCCUCCUCCUCCAGCGGCCCUCUGAACAAAGUCACCGGUGGGCGGGACCACGGCGCGGGCUCUUCAGCCCCCUUCCGCUGGCACAGCGGUGAUCUCGAGCUCCCAUUGGCUGCCGUCUGCGUACACGUCACAAUCAUGAUUAGAAUUGAUGAUCGGACGUUCUGAUUUCAUUGUCUGAGCGAAGGGGGGAAACCCGGCGGAGAAAUCUGCUGAAUUCUCAACGCUCGUCUGAUUUUAACAUCAAAUAUGCCACAUUUCCCCGCGGUGUGCCAGGUCCACUGAGACGCGAUGAGUGCGGUCGAACGUGCGCUGAUCUAGAAACAUGGAGGUUUUGCUGUGACCGGCAUGGCGGCCCCGUUCCCCUCCAGAAUGGAUGCAUGGGCAGAGCGGCGCGGCCUGCAGACUAUGAACCUGCGGUCGGUGUUCACGGCCGAGCAGCAGCGGAUCCUGGAGCGGUACUACGACAACGGGAUGACCAAUCAGAGCAAGGCCUGCUUCCAGCACAUCCUGCAGUGUGCUCAGGAGUCCAAGCUGGACUUCAGCGUGGUCCGGACGUGGGUUGGCAACAAAAGACGUAAGAUCGCCUCCAAGGUGGAGAACGGAGGCGUGUCUCAUUCCUUAUCCAGUCACGGACUCGCCGGGGGAUUGCUGUCCAGCCACUCGCUGGCCGGGGGGCCGCUGUCCAAUCACGGCCCGGCGUCGGGGCCACUGCUGCCCGCCGAACUGGCAGCGGGGCGGAACAUCCCGAAUCGCGUCCACCUCCUCCCUCCGUCCUCGUCCUUCCCCUCGUUCUCGUCGACGUCUUCCUCCCCUUCGUCCUCCUCUCCCCACAGCAGCGGAAGCCACAACAACAACAACAACAACGACGUCAUCCUGACGGGGAUUUACUCGCUCAACUCCGUCCCUCGCUCGAGGCCGAGACCCCUGGCGGCGCCCCCCUCCCGGUCGGACCCCGAGCCGCCGUCGCUGAGCAGCCGGGCCCCGCAGAGCAGGAUUGGCUCCGCCUCCUCGCCCGUCCGCUCCAAGAUGAUCUCGCUCUCUCAAAACCUCCCACCCCUCGUCACUUCCGCCUCAGGGCCUUUAGUCUACACUGCAGUCAGGAAGGGAGCUCCGUCCCUCGGGGAGGCCGGGCUCAGUGCAGGAGCAGGGGUGGUACCUCACAGCUGGACCCGGCAGUACGGCGCGGCGCAAACUCGCCCGUGGUCCUCGUCCUCGCAGCCCCAAAUUCAGCCUCAGUCCAGACCUCACUCCAACCCGCAACCUCAGCCGCCGGCGCCGGCGCCGCCCGCCCCUCAGAAGACGACGCGGGUCACCCUCCCAGUGCAAAGCUCCGGGCCCUCCUCUGGACAGACACCCCGCAUCCAGCAGGUCUUCACCUUGUCGGAGGGAAGCGGGGGGGACCGGCUUCGGUCGAGCCACGAGUCGGCCCAUAAAAGCCCGGAGGCGGCGGCGGCGGCGGCGGCGCCACCGCACCCCCGGGACGGCGGUCAGAACUUCUCCAUCGCGAUGGAAACCGGAGACGAAGAAAACGAGUGGCAAAGGGAAGAGGAGAUGGCCAAUAUGGCCGCCCAGUCGCAGCACCUCCGCCGGGAGCAGGCGUCACGGAGCCCGACCGGGUCCGAAGCGAGGGGGGGCCGCACGCCGCCCGCGACUAGCCCCCGACCCGCGCUGUUCCACAGCAACACAACUCUUCCGGGCAGCUACGCCAUCACAGCACAGACCUCACUCCCGGGGGACUCCGGCUCACAGACUUCACUUGGUGUGUCCGCCGCCCCCUGGGUUAUCAGCAACUCCAGAAAGAGAACACGGGACUCUUCCGGAGUUAAACGAAGGGUUUCGUGUUUCCAGCUGCAGGAUCGGACCCAGUUCAGCGACGGGGAUCUGGUCCAGCUGAAGCGCUACUGGGACCGCGGCAUGACCAGCCUGGGCUCGGUGUGCCGGGAAAAGAUCACCGCCGCGGCCGACCAGCUCAACGUGGACCCUGAAAUAGUCAAGACGUGGAUCAGCAACCGGCGGAGGAAGUACCGCCUGAUGGGCAUCGACAUCCCUCCGCCUAAAGGCGGGCCCGCCGUGUUCUCGACCUCUUCCCCCGGAAACGAAUCCCCGGUGGGCCUCGGCCCCGACGAGGUGGGCCUCAGAACGCCCGAGCUCGAGGACGACUUGAACUACGAGGGCUCCGUCUGCCUGUCGGAAGACGGCACCAUCGAAUCGCGGCACGGAGACGAAGAAGACGGGAUCGACGCGUCCACCGCGAUGCCGCUGGCCAAUACUGUGAAGGUUGAAGUAAUUUACGAAGAAUACGGAGCCAAUGAAGAUGGAGACUUAAUGGCCUCAGACCUCGAGCAAAUGCAGAGCCUGCUGGAAUUCAAGCACGAGGAGGUGCAGUUCUUAGAGAUCGAGCUAGAGAACCAAAAACAAAAGUACGACGAGCUGGCGAGCUUCACGAAGAGCCUGCUCGUCGCCGUGAGGAGCAACGACCUCGAGAGACAGCAGGAGCUCGUGGCCAGUCUACCUCAGCCUUCCGACCAGGACUGGGACAUGACGGAGGAGAGCGGAGCGCGGCCCGCCGACGCCGCGUCCUUCCACCGCGACGGCUCCCCGAUGGCCGGGGCGGAGAGUCCGUCGGGCCCGAACGGAGACGUCCCGCCGGUCUCCGAAAACGAAGACGACGCGCCGAGCGACGCGACUGAGCCCUCUGCAUCAGAGGAGCGGCGGCGGGAGGAGGCGUUCACGGAACUCGAGUGACCGCGGCGUCGGACGUCCGCUCUCAUAAAGACUCAUCCAGGUGUUUCCGCACUCCACGUAGAAGCCGUCUUUUUUGGUCUCUCGACACGCAUCGACACAAACACUCUGGUAACCUCACGCUCCACGCCCAGUGCCUGUGGAGCAACGCUUCAAUACGACUGUUGUGGGCUGACAAAAUGCCUUUUUUACUGCAUAUCAUCUGCCUUGCUCCGGACCGGUCCGGGGAGAACAAUAAACAACCUCUAACUUA